AUGUCUGCCAGAAUCCCCACGAACAAGAGAACCGCUGUUCUCAACGAUGGAAAUCAGAUCCCGCUUAUUGGUCUGGGCACGUACCUUUCGAGGCCCAAUGAGGUUCAAGACGCAGUUCUCGCGGGAUGGAGAUGUGGUAUGCGGCACUUUGACUGCGCCCAGUUUUAUCAGAAUGAAAAGGAAAUCGGUUCGGCUCUUGAGAUCCUCAGGAGGGAGGAACCGAGUUUCAAAAGGGAAGACCUUUUUAUCACCAGCAAAGCUUGGAACUCACAUCACCAACCCGAGAAUCUGAAGAAGGCUCUCGACCAGACGCUGGAAGACUUGGGCACGCAUUAUUUAGAUCUUUACUUGAUUCACUGGCCGGUCAACUUUGCUGCGGUCUCUGACGUCAAGUCAGAGACUGGAGUAAAGCUCGAACCAUCUGAAGAAGGCGUGAUGUUGCUCGACAGGGAGUUGAGCUUGACUACCACCUGGCAAGCUAUGUUGGAGGUCCAGAAGGUUGGUAAGGUCAAGAGCAUUGGCGUCAGCAACUUCAGCCCGACGCAUAUUCAGAAGCUGAUUGACGAGACUGGUAUAGUCCCAGCAGUCAACCAGGUUGAGGCCCAUCCUCUGCUGAUUCAACAGGAGUUGCUCGACUACUGCACGUCGAAGGGAAUCCAUGUUACCGCUUACAUGCCGUUCGGCGGCGACGCGACUCGUGGAGGGGCCAAGGUCCUCGGGAAUCCCGUGGUGGACACGAUUGCUCGCAAAUUUGGGAAAGAUGCGGGCCAAGUGCUUGGGUCAUGGGGAAUCAAGGCAUGUAUUUCCUGGUUCCAGCACAAAGACAUAUUUCUGACACGACAUCAGCGAGGGUUCUCUGUGUUGCCAAAAUCUGUGAAGCCAUCCAGGAUUGAGUCCAAUUUUCAGGUGUUCGAUAUCGACAACGAGAGCUACGAAACUCUCACCGCUCUUGGCCGCAAAGAGUCGGCCCGUUUCGGGGGUCUUCCCUUCACUUUCGAUCCAGCCUGGAAUGUCAAUGUCUUUGGUACUCCUCAAGAACGCAAGGCGGGUCUUCUCGAACCAUUCUGA